AUGACCCAUUCGGCUAGCUCCGCCUCCAGCCUGGACAGCCACGCCCCCUCUGAGAACAACAGCCAAUCGCAGGGCAUGCGGUGGGAGGAGCAGCAGAAGGUGCUGGCGUUGGAGCAGCUGGGGGGAGUGUUCCGGGUCGACCUGGGGCAUAUGAGGUCGCUCCGCCUCUUCUUCAGGUCAGCCAGGGGUCACGGGGUCACGGGGGGUCAUGUUGUCUGGAUACUUUAUGACUUCAGGAACUGACUUUUACUUUCAUAACAACUCACCUGUGUACAGUUGUGUUGUUUGGCCUGUGAGGGUAAAGGGGAAGAUUAUCAUUGAGUCCAACUCAAACGAUUACAAAAAUGAAGAAGUCACUUCAAAAAGUAGGCCUAUAUGUAUGUAAAAAAGUACUGUAUUUGACAAUCCAGGAAAUUCCCCUGAAAUUCUUCUCCAACAGAGUUUGCUGUAUAUGUUAUAAGCCAUGUUUGAGCAGUGCAGGAACAAUGUAUGUGUAUUUCUUUCAGCCAGUGUUUCUGUAUGUUUGACAUACGGUAUGUUUUGAUUCCAGUGAUGAGGCGUGUAACAGUGGUCAGCUGGUGAUCGCCAGCAGGGAGAGCCAGUAUAAGGUCCUCCACUUCCACCACACAGGUCUGGACAAGCUGGCUGAGGUCUUCCAACAGUGGAAGUGCUGUAGAGAGACCCAGCUCAAAGACCAGGUGAGACAUGGUAGCAUUGUGGCUAGACCGGGAGACUCAUGGGGCGGCGCACAAUUGGCCCAGCGUCGUCCAGGGUAGGGGAGGGAAUGGCCGGCAGGGAGGUAGCUCAGUUGGUAGAGCAUGGCGUUUGCAACGCCAGGGUUGUGGGUUCGAUUCCCACGGGGGGCCAGUAUAAUAAAAAUAUGUAUUCACUAACUGUAAGUCGCUCUGGAUAAGAGCGUCUGCUAAAUGACUAAAAUGUAAAUGUAAAUGUUAUACCAUCUUUUUUUACUUCGGCGUUAUUAUUGUGGCUAGAUAUGUUAUUUCAGUGUUAGCAUAAUGGCUAGUUCCUUGAUAUAUCUCUUUCUCUCUCUGCCCCCCACCCAUCUCUCUCACUCUCUCUCCGCCCCCCACCCAUCUAUCUCGCUCUCUCUUUCUCUCUCUUCCCCCCACCCAUCUCUCUCGCUCUCUCUCCUCUCUCUCGUCCAUCUCUCUCUGCAUCCCACCCAUCUUUCUCACUCCCUUUUCCCCCCCCCCCCCCCUCUCUCCGGGGCCCCCUUUUCCUUUCCCCCUCUCUGCCCCCCCACCCAUCUCUCUACUCCCCCUCUCUCCCCCCCCCCCCAUCUACUCCCUCUCCCCUUUCUCUCCCCCCCCCUUCCCCCCCCCUCCCUCGGGGCCCCCCCCUCUCUCCCCCUUCUCCCCCCCACCCCUCUCUCUCACUCUCUCUCCCCCCCACCCAUCUCUCUCCCUUUUUCUCUUGCCCCCACCCAUUCCCCCUCUCCUUUUUUCUCCGCCCCCCCCCCAUUUUUCCCCUCAACCUCCCCUCUUUUCCGGGGGAAAACCCCUUAUCGUUUUCCUUCCCCCCCUCCUCCCUUUUGGAAAAGGGGGAAAAAACUGUAGCCGUUCCCACCGGGGCCCACCCUCCCCCGGACCAAGGGGGAAGUCCGUACCGGGGUGGGAACGUUAAAACCAACCCUGGGUCCGGGGACCCCAAACAAAAGGGAAAGUGGAACGGUCAUUGUUCAAAUCACCAGUUAUGUGUGUGUGUGUUUUAAGAUAUCUUAAAUUAAAAUUACUUGGAGCUGAUUUCCUGGUAUUUUUACAGUGUUAUGUCCAACAAUGAAAAUGAGAAAAAAAUUUAACCACCAGCAGGCCAAAUUCGUCCCUGGGCCACCAGUUGGGGAACCCUGGUGUAGUUACUGUAGCUAACAUUGUUAAAUUCUAGACUUCUACUACCCAGGCUGAUCAUGACCUCUCUUUCCCCCCCUCAGGCCAUCUUCUUUGGGGGCGUCGACCCAUCCAUCCGCGGGGAGGUGUGGCCCUUCUUACUGCACUACUACAGCUGUGACUCCUCCUCCCAGGAGAGAGAGGCCUGGAGACUGCAGAAACGCUCAGAGUACCACGACAUCCAGCAGAGGAGGUAGGUGGCUGUGGGGUGCAAACAGUAUGUUUCUGGGUUUACUAUAACUAAUGUCUCUCCAUCCAGGGGAGCUGCACUGCUACUGACUGUGUCUGUGUGUGUGUGUGUGUGUGUGUGUGUGUGUGUGUGUGUGUGUGUGUGUGUGUGUGGGCAGGCGGGCGGGCUGGGGGGGGGGGGGGGGGGGGGGGGGGCAGAAGAAAAAGUCAGUUCUAACCAUAAUAAAGUUGUGUAUUGUAUUUCUAUUCCAUGUAAGAAGGACAUUCAUAACACUGGAACAUAUGUGGUUUAUUUAUCCAAAGGAAUAAGGUGGCACCAAGCCAUAUCCUGCUAACUAUUAACACACACACACACACACUUUGCAAAUGGAGCAAACAAUAGACACACUUACAGAACGUGUUAUGGGAGUGCUGGGUGUAAAUGAACAGGCCUCUUGGGAAACAACAUGUAAACGCUGAUCAAAUCAUAUUCUCAUAUUCUACCUAUCAAUAGGAUGACUACAGCUCGAUAGGCACGUACGCACCACACAUCACACACCACACACCAACACACCACACAUCACACACCAUGCACCACACACCAUGCACCACAUACCACACACCACACAUCCACACCACACACACACACCACACACCACACACCACACACCACACAUCACACACCACACACCACACACCACAUACCACACACUAAAAGAGAGUAAAGGAUGCAACUAGUCAGAGUUUACAUUAACCUCCCAGCGUUACCUGUCUGUGUCUGUCCCUAAUCCUCUUUCUUUUUUCAAUACGUUUAAAUUUUUUAUUUUUGUCAUUUAACAGAUGUCUUACCUAGAGCACCUUACAGGAGCAAUUAGGGCUAAGUGCCUUGCUCAAGGGCACAUUGGCACAUUUUUCACCUAGUCGGCUUGGAUAUUCGAACCAGCGACCUUUCGGAUACUUGGCUGUACGCUCUUACCCACUAGGCAACCUAAGCCUCCACACAGUGUGCAUGUGUGCACGAGUGCACAGAAUUAAUAUGAUAAUUGGCCAGUCUUCAGCGGUAUGGUAUAUUAACCUUUUGAAUACAUCAGAAGACCUAAUCCAAACCAGUCAAUUAGAAGCUCUAUUCCUCCUGUGAUGUGAUGUGGCUGUUAGAAAAACACUUGACUGAGCCUCCAGGGGCCACUGGCUCAUUAAGACCCUGGAACUACAGUCUCUGCCUUAUAGAGGUGGUGGCACUGGUAACACUGUCCUUAAAGCCUGCAGAUAUAAUGCAUUAUGAUGCAGGUAUAAUAACUUUUAUAAACUGGGUGGGUCGAGCCCAGAAUGCUGAUUGUCUGACAGCCGUGGUAUAUCAGACCGUAUACCAUGGGUAUGACAAAACAUUUAUUUUUACUGCUCUAAUUAUGUUGGUAACCAGUUUAUAAUAGCAAUAAGGCACCUCGGGGGGUUGUGAUAUAUGGCCAAUAUACCACGGCUAAGGGCUGGGUCCAGUCACUACGCGUUUCGUCGUGCAUAAGAACAGCCCUUAGCCGUGGUAUAUUGACCAUAUACCACACCUCAUCGGGCCUUAUUGCUUAAAUAAGACUUAUCAUGAACAUGUAUGACAUCCUUAGAAUCAUCUCUUUGUGAUCCUGACUAAAGACCAGCCCCUGUUAAUUAAAUCAAUUAGUUAUAUAUGGAAAUGUAACAUUAGAUUAUUUAUAUUUUGUUUUAGAUGGUCAUAAGUUACAUUUUGAAGAAUCAAUUAUUGCUUGUUUGAUGUUCAGUUAUGUGCUGUAGCCAGUACUGUUGAAGAUGUAAAAAAAUGGAGGAUCCUGCUUGAGAGGAGAGGAAUGUCCAAAUAUACCUGUUCUGAACAAACACUGGAGGAGAAGAGGGUUGUGGAGAGUUGAUUCAGUUUACUCGUCUAUUUUCUAGAAGGUCUGAUGUCUUUGUGGUCUUACAUGCUAAUGUUAAUGUUGAGUUACAGUGGGGGAAAAAAGUAUUUAGUCAGCCACCAAUUGUGCAAGUUCUCCCACUUAAAAAGAUGAGAGAGGCCUGUAAUUUUCAUCAUAGGUACACGUCAACUAUGACAGACAAAAUGAGGAAAAAAAUUCCAGAAAAUCACAUUGUAGGAUUUUUUAUGAAUUUAUUUGCAAAUUAUGGUGGAAAAUAAGUAUUUGGUCAAUAACAAAAGUUUCUCAAUACUUUUUUAUAUACCCUUUGUUGGCAAUGACACAGGUCAAAUGUUUUCUGUAAGUCUUCACAAGGUUUUCACACACUGUUGCUGGUAUUUUGGCCCAUUCCUCCAUGCAGAUCUCCUCUAGAGCAGUGAUGUUUUGGGGCUGUCGCUGGGCAACACGGACUUUCAACUCCCUCCAAAGAUUUUCUAUGGGGUUGAGAUCUGGAGACUGGCUAGGCCACUCCAGGACCUUGAAAUGCAUCUUACGAAGCCACUCCUUCGUUGCCCGGGCGGUGUGUUUGGGAUCAUUGUCAUGCUGAAAGACCCAGCCACGUUUCAUCUUCAAUGCCCUUGCUGAUGGAAGGAGGUUUUCACUCAAAAUCUCACGAUACAUGGCCCCAUUCAUUCUUUCCUUUACACGGAUCAGUCGUCCUGGUCCCUUUGCAGAAAAACAGCCCCAAAGCAUGAUGUUUCCACCCCCAUGCUUCACAGUAGGUAUGGUGUUCUUUGGAUGCAACUCAGCAUUCUUUGUCCUCCAAACACGACAAGUUGAGUUUUUACCAAAAAGUUUCAUCUGACCAUAUGACAUUCUCCCAAUCCUCUUCUGGAUCAUCCAAAUGCACUCUAGCAAACUACAUGUACUGGCUUAAGCAGGGGGACACGUCUGGCACUGCAGGAUUUGAGUCCCUGGCGGCGUAGUGUGUUACUGAUGGUAGGCUUUGUUACUUUGGUCCCAGCUCUCUGCAGGUCAUUCACUAGGUCCCCCCAUGUGGUUCUGGGAUUUUUGCUCACCGUUCUUGUGAUCAUUUUGACCCCACGGGGUGAGAUCUUGCGUGGAGCCCCAGAUCGAGGGAGAUUAUCAGUGGUCUUGUAUGUCUUCCAUUUCCUAAUAAUUGCUCCCACAGUUGAUUUCUUCAAACCAAGCUGCUUACCUAUUGCAGAUUCAGUCUUCCCAGCCUGGUGCAGGUCUACAAUUUUGUUUCUGGUGUCCUUUGACAGCUCUUUGGUCUUGGCCAUAGUGGAGUUUGGAGUGUGACUGUUUGAGGUUGUGGACAGGUGUCUUUUAUACUGAUAACAAGUUCAAACAGGUGCCAUUAAUACAGGUAACGAGUGGAGGACAGAGGAGCCUCUUAAAGAAGAAGUUACAGGUCUGUGAGAGCCAGAAAUCUUGCUUGUUUGUAGGUGACCAAAUACUUAUUUUCCACCAUAAUUUGCAAAUAAAUUCAUAAAAAUCCUACAAUGUGAUUUUCUGGAUUUUCUUUCUUCUCAUUUUGUCUGUCAUAGUUGACGUGUACCUAUGAUGAAGAUUACAGGCCUCUCUCAUCUUUUUAAGUGGGAGAACUUGCACAAUUGGUGGCUGACUAAAUACUUUUUUCCCCCACUGUACAUGACUAGGGGAUUCUGGUAGCAGAUCCAGGUACAGCUGAUGACUGUUCUCCAGAAAGGAAGAAGAGAGAGAGAGUGAGGCAUGGAGGUAGAGAGGGAACGAGGGACUGGGAGAGAGAAGGAGUGAGAGGGAGGAGACGCCGAGGGACAGGCAGACACAAACACAGCCCCAGAAAGUAAACAGUUGCGUGAAGUUGCAUCACGCCUGGUGUUAUUGUUCCUGGCGGGGCUCAAUGGAAAACACAUAGUGUUAAUUAAAUCCCCCCUGCUCUGCUCGUUAGGGUAGGGGUCAGGUCCUCACUGUUCAGGUUCUCAGCCAGAGGGUGAUGGGAGGGGGUUAGGGUUAGAUCAUAGGUUGUUUAAGUGGUUUCAACAACCUCACCCUACCCUUUUCCCGUCAUCCUAUCAAGGGUUCAAUUAAAAGUAAGUUUUUGAAGUUGCGGAACUGCCCUCAAGUUUGGUUGACAUUAGUGCAUAGCCCCAGUAUUUAACCCAGUUUAAAACCGCUUCCUACCUGUGUCUGCCCCGGCCAUCCCCAGGUUGUCUAUGAGUCCUGAGGAGCACAGUGACUUCUGGAGGAAGGUUCAGUUCACCGUGGAUAAGGACGUGGUGAGAACAGACCGCAGCAACCACUUCUUCAGGGGAGAGAACAACCCCAAUGUGGAGAUCAUGAGGUGAGGACAGCUGGCUCUCUGUCUGGGUCUCUCCCUCUUUCGUUCCCUGUUCUCUUACUCUCUCUUCUCUCUGCUCUUUCAAUCUUACACCUUCUAUCCCCUGCCACUCCUCUUUCUCUCUUUCCUCUCAUCUCUAUCUCUGUCACUCUUUAUUCUAUAUUUCACUCUUCCCUCUCUUUCUCAUUCUCCUCUCCUCCAUUUAUUCCUCACCUUUUCAAUUCCUCAUCAUCUUUCCUAUCCCAUAGUCCAGUGCACAGGAGGUAAUAUUGUACAUGAAUAUCAUAUUCUGAACCCUGGGGGAAGCUAGCUAAUGACUUUCAUGCUUUAUUGACUCCCACUAAGCUCUUAGUACACUACUUCUGAUGCAUACUUACAGCUAAUAGCUUCCUAAAUGAGGCUCUAAAGGUUUCGAAACCAGGCUGUUUGUUAAGUGACUCUCAUGGCUGGAUCUCAGUUUUGGUCAAAGUAACUGGGUCAAGUAGAGUAGGGGUGGGGGAGGUUAGAACUCUCAUGUAUUAUUAUGGCCUAAUUUUAUCUCACCACUUUUCAUAUUUGUUUUAUUCAUUCGCUUACUCUAAGUUCUAAUGCCAUAGUGUUAAUUAGUUUAAGUUCCUUGGUGUCCACAUCACUAAGGAAUGAUCAUGGUCAACACACUCCAACACAGUCGUGAAAGCACGGUAACGCCUCUUCCCCCUCAAGAGGCUGAAAAGAUUUGGCUUGGACCCUCAGAUCAUUAUAAAGUUCUACAGCUGCACCAUUGAGAGCAUCCUGACUGGCUGCGUCACCGCUUGGUAUGGCAACUGCUUGGCAUCCGACCGCAAGGCGCUACAGAGGGUAGUGUGUACGGCCCAGUACAUCACUGGGGCCGAGCUUCCUGCCAUCCAGGACCUCUAUACCAGGUGGUGUCCAAGGAAGGCCCUAAAAAUUGUCAGACUCCAGCCACCCAAGUUAUAGACUGUUCUCACUGCUACCGCACGGCAAGCGGUACCGAUGCACCAAGUCUGGAAACAACAUGACCCUGAACAGCUUCUACCCCCAAGCCAUAAGACUGCUAAAUAUUUAGUUCGGGUGGCUAUUGGUUAACUAUUUAACUAUCUGCAUUGACCCUUUAUGCACUAAUUAUUUUGCCUCAUCACAUACGCUGCUGCUACUUGUUUAUUAUCUCUCCUGUUUCCUAGUCACAUUAUUCCUAGUUAUAUGUACAUAUCUACCUCAAUUACCUCUUAGCCCUGCACAUUGACUUGGUACUGGUACACCAUGUAUAUAGCCAAGUUAUCGUUACUCAUUGUAUAUUUAUUCCUUUAGUUAUUAUUUCUCUAUUUUUCUCUCUGCAUUGUUGGGGUUAAAAGUAAGCAUUUCACUGUUGGUCUACACCUGUUGUUUACGAAGUAUGUGAAAAAUACAAUUUGAUUUGAUCUAAUUGAUUGUUUUAGUGUGAUGGGUUAGUAAGACUUUGUAUGUAGGACUUAGUAUGAGGUAAUAUGUAUGACUUGAUAUCUUGAUAUUGUCUGUGGUGGUGUUCCUCCCUUCCUCCAGGUGUGUGCUGCUGAACUACGCAGUGUUCAACCCAGAGAUGGGCUACUGCCAGGGCAUGUCUGACCUGGUGGCUCCCCUGCUGACCGAGGUGCAGGACGAGAGCGACACGUUCUGGUGCUUCGUAGGCCUGAUGGAGAACACCAUUUUUAUCAGCUCUCCCGCGACGAGGACAUGGAGAGACAACUGGUAAUCUCUCACUUUAUAAACAAACAUCGAGUUUGGAGAGAGAAGAGAGAGGAGAGAGGAGAGAGAGAGAGGAGAAGAGAAGAGAGGAGAGAGAGGGGAGAGAGUGAGAGAGAAUUUUUAUAGAUAAGAGAGGAGGGGAGAGAGGAAGAGGGGAGCGCAGAGAGAGAGUCGCUAUCUCGCCGAGAGCUCUUCUGCUGCUCUCUCUCUAUCAUCGCACAUCUAAAUCACACACACACACUUGUCUCCUCUCUCUACUCUCUCUCCUCUACUCUCUCUCUCUCUACUUUCUCUCUUUCUCUCUCUUUCUCCUCUGCUUUUUCCUCUCUCUCUUCUCUUUUCUCCUCACUCUCUUUCUCUCGCUCUUCUCUCUCUCUCUCUCUAUAUCUCUCUCACACUCGCUCUCGCUCUCGCUCUCGCUCUCUCUCUCUCUCUGUGAUUCUCUCUCUCUGUGAUUCUCUUUUGUGUUUGAUUGUUUGUGUGUGUGUGUGGUGUUACAUUCAUAUCCACAUUAGCGCCCUAACCAUCUCUCUCCCCUGUUCCAGAUGUACCUGAGGGAGCUGUUGCGUCUGAUGCUGCCCCGGUUCCACCAGCACCUGACCCAGCUGGGGGAGGACGGGCUACAGCUGCUGUUCUGUCACCGCUGGAUCCUACUCUGUUUCAAACGGGAGUUCCCCGACACAGAGGCCCUGCGCAUGUGGGAGGCCUGCUGGGCACACUACCAGGUACACAACUUUACAUCAGCAUACGCACAGCAACAUCAUCAUGUUGUACAUGGCAUUGGUGUACACAGAGUGAUAUCAAACACAACAUUGGCAUACAUACACCAAUAUCAAACAAUGUGUGUAAUAAUAUGUAUUAACAACUGUGUGUAACAAUGUUAGGAGUUUAUAGCCGGUAUAGGUAUAACCAUCAUUCAUACAACCCACUAGUUAUGGAGAUUAGAGUUGGAUGUAGACACAACCACACACAACCACACACAACCACUGUACUGUAGGCAGGCUCUCCACAGUUAAGUGUAAAUGUACUUCAUCAUUAACACUAUCGCUCCCUCAGACGGACUACUUCCAUCUGUUCGUGUGUGUGGCCAUCAUCGUGCUGUACGGUGAUGACGUAACGGAGCAGCAGUUAGCCACCGACCAGAUGUUGCUCCACUUCAGCAACCUCUCCAUGCACAUGAACGGGGAGCUGGUGCUGCGCAAGGUAACGCUAGCAGUUAGCCUUUAGCAUGAUGAUGCGCUACUCCAUGCCACUUUACCUCAAGCAUGCUAGCAUUUUAUGCAACACUAGCAUUUUACCCUCUAGUUAGCAUACUAUGAUUGUUGUUUACUUCUUAACUCAUCCCCUCAGUGUACACUCAUCGACUGCGCCGAAUGGAUUUAAAAGGAAUGGAGUUUGUGAUACAACAAAGCAUAAUAGUCCUUGUUGCUUGCUACCCAGCCCUCAAGGAGAAUUGAAAUACUUGGUGUGAUCCUGCCGUGUUGAGGAUUUAUGAGUCAUGGCCGGUAGUGUGUCUCUGUCUUCUCCUCAUGUUUAUGGAUGCCAUGUUAGUACUGCUGCUGCAGCAACAGCACAUUUUAGCAUGCAGGUGUCAUGACUGUUUUAGAACCCCUAUUAGAUUUGAUAUCUCUGUGUCUGUGAACAGCUCAGACCUUUUUAGUUUAAAUUAAAUCAUGUUAAUUGAUUUUGGCUGUGUUAGAUUGUUCUUCCACAUCUGAAGGAGCUAUUGAUUUAGUCAAACGCUAUUCAAAUCUACAUGAUACUAAGUGUGAUCCUUUUAGCUGUUUUGCAAGUCUUGAGGUAUAGCUUCUAUUUCCUCCUUUCUAAGUGUUUUCCUCAUGUUUAACCUAUCUCUCAUACUCUGCCACUCCCUUCCUCCACUCCCUUGCUCUCUCACAUGCUCUCUUUCUUUCUCUCCAUUUCUUCUCUCUACUGCUCUCCUUGACUCUCUCUUACGUUCUCUCUCUCUUUCUCUUCCUCUCUCUCACCCACCCUUCCUACUACCAGGCCCGUAGUCUACUCUACCAGUUCCGUCUGUUACCCAGAAUCCCGUGCAGCCUCCAUGACCUGUGUAAGCUGUGCGGUCCAGGGAUGUGGGACAGUCGCUACAUCCCGGCCGUGGAGUGUUCCGGGGAGCACCCUGACUCCCAGAGCUGCCCCUAUGGCGGCACAGCCAUCCCCCAGCCCUCGGCCUCCCCGUCGCCCUCCCCCUCACCCUACCCCACCCCACUCCCUCCCCGUCGCCCUCCCCCUCACCCUACCCCACCCCACUCCCUCCCCGUCGCCCUCCCCCUCACCCUACCCCACCCCACUCCCUCCCCGUCGCCCUCCCCCUCACCCUACCCCACCCCACUCCCCGAGGGCAAGAGAGGCUCUAAGACCAGAGACAUCUUCACGUUUCGGAAGCAGUCCUGA